GUCGGGGGUCAGUAAAUUUUAAUGGUGAAGGCGGACUAAAAAAUACCAAGAAAAAAAACCAAUUCAAAUUCCUCGACAUUCCAACCAGAUUACUAAAUGGGGAUGUCUUUUAGCAUGUUCUUGCCCAGUAUAAUACGCAACCUUUUCUUUUAAUUACUCAUAAAAACUUUUAUUUUAGAUGAAAAUAGCUCAAAGAAUAGGCUUUUCAGCUUAAACAACCUUAAAGAAGCUAACGAACACAUCUGGGGUUUUCGUCAUGUUAUACUUCCCCUUUCUCUUUUACAUCAUUCUGUUAUUUCAUACAGUUCACUGAAAUAUAUACUACAGCAGAGAAGGUAAAAGGGGUUUUGAAUACAUGGGUGCCUGCCAAAUGCUUGAGACAGAGGAUUCAGCUUGAGCCCAUUGGUUAGUUUGCUUUCGAUUGUUAUUUAGCAGAUUUUGAUUUUGAGUUGGUGAGUUUGAAGCUGUAAGGCACUUGCAGCCCGGCCUAUGCUUAUUACUAUUCCUAACUGGGCUCUGCUAGGAGAUCAGGCUUUCAAUUGAUUUUGAGCUUGUGAAGCUAAUUGGUUUAAGCACGCUAGCUUCGACUUUGGGUGAGGAUUAAUGUUUGAAUGGUUUUGAGCUGGUGCAGCUUGAGGCUCAAACACCACUGAGCUCCACUGCGGGAGAAGAUCAGGGUUUCAUUUUGAGCUGCUUAGGCCUGAAGUUUAAGCUGGUCUGUGCUUAUUGGCCAUUCUUGUUCGUUCUUGACUGCUGGAGGGGGUCUCAAACAGGGAAUAGUUGCCAAACGCCUGAAGGAAUAACCCCAACCCUGCGAACAGUAAAAAUCCACUAGUCCCACCCAGAACGAUUUCCAUACUCAAUUGGGCGUUGGCUUAAAAGAUGUUGAAAGUCGCCUCUCAUCUCCCCUCAGGGACAGGACACUUUUGUCUCAUGAUUUUAGUCCUCCUGCUGCCAAAUGUGGCUUCCACUGCAACUUCUUCUAGGCCUUCUUUUGCUCUGUCCAAGUCAAAUACUACUAAGGAAGCUCCUUCCCCAAUACAAUCUCCAACCCCUGCCCCUAAACCUAAGGGCAAAACACACCCAGCUGCUUCACAUACACCUGCUGCUGCCCCUUCUCCUAAACCUCAUAAGGGCAAAACGCACGCAGCAGCGUCAAAUGCACCUGCUGCUGCCCCUGCCCUUGCCCCUGUCCAUCCCAAAGCCAAAGCACCAACGCCACAUAAGCCUACAAUCACCAAUGGCACCCUGGAUCCUGCUCAGGUAAAGGCAUUGCGGUCGCUGGGAGUAACAGUAGAAGCUGAUGCAUGUAACACUGAUGUCCAGCAGCUUUUAAUUUGUGAUAACGCCCGUGGCCCUCUCAAGCACCUCAUAUCCUUGGAGCUCCAGUACUGCUCCCCCAAUGCUCCCCUGUCCAGUACUGCCUUAUCGAGCCUGAGCACCUUACAGUCGCUAUCUUUUGUGGACUGUCCCAUGAAGGUAACAGCGCCCCUCCCACCUAAGUUGGCUGAAUCUCUGUCAACGUUUAGCUGCAGUAAAAGCUUGGGCCGCACAGUCGAAAACAAAGAUUUACCUACCCUUUCGGGUAUCUGGCUCAGCAAACUCCAGAGUCUGAAGGAGCUUAGCGUCAAAGAUGUGGUGGUAAAUGGAAGUGGUAGUGGGGUGGGGGCAAUCAUGGGUAACAUGAGCAAGCUUGAGCAGGUAACCUUUUCAAAUACCAAUAUCAGUGGCACCCUCCCCAAGUCAUGGCCCCGGAGCCUUACAGCACUGCAAAUAUCCCAGAGCAUGAUAAAGGGGAACAUUCCUCCUACUAUGUCCAAUCUCACUCUGCUACAGUCCUUGGAUUUGAGCCUCAAUAAUCUAACAGGACAUAUUCCAGCUGGCUUUGGAAGUCUGAAAAACUUGCAGAGUUUGUCUUUAAGCUCAAACAGGCUAACAGGGAAUAUUCCAGCUGGGUUCAAGAAUCUCACAUUGCUUUCUUAUUUAGAUCUCAGCAAUAAUCACCUCAAUGGCACUGUCCCUGCAUUCAUUGGCAAUAUUAAGGGACUCCGUUACCUGGACCUACGCAAUAACAAGUUCCAUGGGGUCCUGCCCUUUAGUACGGCUUUUGUUAAAAAUCUCAAUACUUUCAAAGUGGGGGGUAACCCUGAGCUCUGUUUCAACGACUCCAUACUUUUAAGCACAAUAUCAGGAGGUGCAGAUCCCUGUGAUAGUAAAGGGAGACCAUCUAAAGCAAAUGCAGAUCAGCCUGCCUUUGCUCCUGAUGAGUUUGCUCCCACUCCAACACCUCUGGAGGAUGCAGCGCAGUCCCCUCACAAGAAGAAUAAGCCUAAAACAGUUGUGUUGGCUGUGUCCAUUGCUCUGGCAUCUUUGGUUUUUGUCAUAAUAGUUGCAGUUGUGGUGUCAAGACGGUGUGCAAGAAGGGAUUGACAAAUAUAGGAUGUUGUUUAACUGUUUUUUAAUGAUUAAUCGGAGAUGAGAAAGCCAGUGACCAAAUUUUUUAAGGGCACUGAGACUGUAGGUUGCCUUACUACACUGAGGGCUGGAUAUGAAGCUUUUGGUCACCUUAUUAUGCUUUGGGGAAGUGACUAUGAGCCACCUUGUUGCAGAGUGGGGUUGAAUUUGUGCCACGCUUUGGAUCUCCAUUAUUAGUACUCAACCACCUCAUGUAGCUAAAAUUUUAUUCUUUAUAAUUUAAUGUUUUCUGAGACAGGACUUUGUUGGACAGUACAAAUCCAACUUGAGAAAAUAGGUUUGAGAUGAAUAUGUUUGUUGAGUGAGUUGAAUGAGUUGUUAAAACCACUCAUGUAGAAUAGAAAUUGUUGGAGAAAGAAGUGGGAUUACAUCUUACAAAAUAGGAAGUUGAAGCAAUUUAUAUC